AUGAAGGGUGAUGACAAGGAGAAGCUGUGCAAAAGGCUCAUGGGUGCCGUCUUUUGUGUAUUUGUCGGGGACGAUAAUCCCAACCUGAGCUGUUUCAACAAAUGCGUCCAAGAAUGUCUUGAUACCGAAAUCUUUGCCGAAAACCCGUUGACAUUAUGGCUGGGAUGGCAAAAUGUGGCAAAUGUUCUUAUAAACUGCACCAAAUAUACACGUCGCAAAAGCGGCGGCGGCAGCAGCAGCGUUUACGGCUGUCCAAAAGCUGUAAGACUCAUGUCGGCACUGGCACGCUUCUGCCUCGUGGAUGAGUUUCCGAGGCAUUCAGCUGGCCUCAAACGAAUGUACGAACUGAGAGCGAUUGAGCAUGCACGCACUGCCGUCAUACACGAUAGUGAACUGACAUCAUACCAAGCUUAUCUAUGGGUAAACAGAGAGGGUGGCUCGGCUCCGGAGGAGGUUCCGGAGGAGAAGGAAGGCGACGAGAAGAAAGAUGCCGAUGAGAAGAAGAUUGCCGACGAAAUCGAGAGCAGCGCAGAUAUUUACAUCAACAUAGCAGACGAUGACAGCAACAUGGCAGACAAUGAAGACAGCACUGCAGACAAUGGCAGCGGUACCACAGAUAUUGGCAGCGGCAGAGCAAAUGACGACAGCAGCAGCGCAGAGAACGACAGCAGCAGCCGAAUAGCAUAUGCUACACCGAGAAGGCCCUCCGAUUAUCGAUUAUAUGAGCGAUGA